AUGCCCUCCAAUGGCAGCAAAGCCCUUAAGCUUCAAUUCGGGCUUAUUAAUCAUGAGAAUCGCUACCUAACGGCGGAGGCCUUCGGCUUCAAGGUGAACGCUUCAGCUCCAAGCCUCAAGAAGAAGCAGAUCUGGACUCUAGAGCAAGACGAUCAGGAUGGUCAGGUGGUUUACCUUCGUAGUCACCUAGGGCGCUACCUGGCCUCUGACAAAGAUGGCAAGGUAAGCUGUGAGGCUGAGACUAAAGAGAAUGACUGUCGCUUUUUGAUUGUGGCACAGUCAGAUGGCCGCUGGGCCCUGCAGUCUGAGCCAUAUUUGCGCUUUUUCGGAGGUUCAGAAGACUACUUGUCGUGCUUUGCUCAGACCAUCGGCGAGGCAGAACUAUGGGCCAUGCAUCUAGCCCUACACCCACAAGCUAAUCUGCUUAGUGUGGCCCGCAAACGAUAUGCCCACUUGGCAUCGCCAGAGGGAGAGAUUGCUGUAGACUGCAACAUCCCAUGGGGUGUUGAUGCACUUCUAACUCUUGUGUACAUGGACGGCAAAUAUUGUCUUAAGACCAGUGACAGCCGCUUCCUUAGCAAUGAUGGGAAACUGUCCUCUGAAAAUGGACGUGGCACAGGCUACACCUUGGAACUGAAAUCAGGCAAAUUGGCCUUCAAGGACUGUGAGGGGAAGUACUUGACCCCCAUGGGGCCCACUGGAACUCUGCGCUCUGGACGAUGCUCCAAACCUGGCAAAGAUGAGCUGUUUGAUCUUGAGGAAAGCCAUCCGCAAGUGGUGUUUCAGGCCGCCAACAACAGAUUUGUCUCCAUUCGACAGGGUGUGAGCGUCUCAGCCAAUCAGGACGAUGAGACAGACAUGGAGACGUUUCAAAUGGAAAUUGAUAAAGAUACGAGAAAGUGCAAAUUCAGAACCAAUGAAGGAAAUUAUUGGACGCUCGUCGCUCAUGGAGGCAUCCAGUCAACAGCCACAGAAGCCGGUGCCAACACCAUGUUUGACAUCGUGUGGCUCGGUCGACGGGUGGCACUGCGGGCCAGCAAUGGAAAAUAUGUAUGUACUAAGAAAAACGGCCAGCUUUCUGCAGUCAGCGACUCUGUGGGCGAGGACGAGCAGCUGAUUCUGAAGCUGAUCAACAGGCCCAUUCUGAUCCUGAGGGGAGAAAACGGCUAUGUUUGCCACCACAAAAACUCAAACACGCUGGACGCCAGUCGCUCGGUUUAUGACAUUUUCACACUGCAGUUCAGUGAUGGUGCAUACCAUAUUAAAGGUGCUGGCGGGAAAUUCUGGUAUGUGUCCAGCAGUGGUUUGGUGUGUUCAGACGGAGACACGCCUGAGGAUUUCAGCUUUGAGUUCUUAGAGCACGGACGAAUAGCGAUUAGAGGCAAAAACGGCAAAUACCUGCGGGGAGAUCAGGGCGGGAAUCUGAAAGGAGACGGAGAGACGGCGGACAGCUCUUCCCUCUGGGAAUACUGA